AAAUUGACACUUUCUGUAGUUAUUUAUUCCUUCAUCACUACCAUUUAUCUAAGAUUGAAAUACGCAUACAUGGCUCUAAUGUAUUUGUUAUAGAAACAUGUCAGAUGCUUUCGGUUUGGAAUUCGUAAGAACAUUGUAGUGAUUUAGACUCAUUAAGGUUAAUGGUGAAAGUAAAAGAUGCCGGGGGAACCGAAAAAUAAAAAGAUUUACCAUCGCCUCCACUCUACAACGGCACAUGACUGGGAGGAAGAGAAAAAUAAAUAUAAAGAUAUCAAAGAUGAUGGAACUGUGACAUUCUUUUGGAAGGCUCACACAUUGACAGUUUUGCUAAUAUUCAGUUGCAUUCUGGUAUAUGUAGCUGUGUUUGAAGAACAAUCUUCUGACCAUGAUUAUAAUGUUAAAAGAGGUGUUACAGCCAUGGCCUUAGCCUUUCUUUUAUUCGGAGUUACUCAGACACCAGAUGGCGUGUUCAGAAGACCUCAUCCAGCAUUUUGGAGACUUAUUUUGUGUCUUAGUUAUCUGUAUGAGUUAGCCCUGGUUUACCUUCUUUUCCAAACUGCAAAUGAUGCCCGUUUAAUGAUGCGUCACAUAGAUAAAAACCUUGGAAAACCACUUCCCGAGAAAAGUUACGGUGGUAAUUGUCUUAUUUAUGAUCCAUCUAAUGAAGAUCCAUGGAUUAAUUUUAAGGAUAAAAUGGAUGGCUUUGUUCCCACACAUUUCUUUGGUUGGUGGUUAAAGACUUUAAUUAUCAGAGAUUGGUGGUUUUGUAUGGUGAUAAGUCUGAUGUUUGAGGUGAUGGAGUAUACAUUAGAACACCAAUUGCCUAACUUUAGUGAAUGUUGGUGGGAUCAUUGGAUAAUGGAUGCAAUUGUAUGCAAUGGUCUAGGAAUUUACCUUGGUAUGAAAACACUCAAGUAUUUAUCUAUGAAACCUUAUCAUUGGAGGGGAAUGUGGAACAUUCCAACUUACAGCGGUAAGAUGAAACGUGUUGCCUUGCAGUUUACACCAUACAGUUGGACAGACUUCAACUGGAAACCAACGUCUAGCCUUAUUAGAUGGUUUGCAACCUUAGGAAUUUUUGUAAUUUUUCUACUAGCUGAAUUAAACACAUUUUACCUGAAGUUUGUAUUGUGGAUACCUCCCGAACAUUAUCUUAAUCUAGGUCGUCUUGUCUUCAUUUUAUUCAUGGGUGCUGCUGCUCUACGAGAAACUUUCCAAUAUUUAGAUGAUCCAGAGCCGAACAAGUUUGGUAGACAGUCCUGGAUGAUGAUAGCAAUUGUCAUCACAGAAUUACUGGUUACUGUUAAGUUUGAUUAUGAAACCAUCACUAAACCACUUCCGAAAACAAUUGCUUAUUUCUGGAUUUUAGGAUUUCUUGGUCUUGUUGGGUAUACAGUAUGGAAGUUUUAUAUUAAGAGGGAUGUGAAAAAUGAUGUGGCCUUAAAACCAAAAACGAGGGUAAAGGAGGACACCAUCAGUGAAACAGAGCCAUAUAUCGUCCGCACCUCUAAUAUUAAUAACAAUGGUGUACAGAAACGCACAAAUACAAGAAAUGGAUCAGCUGAAAAUUAGUAGAUUUUUAGCAAUUUUAGGUUUUUAAAGUUUCAGUUUGUUUUUAUUGUAAAUGAUAUUGAAAAUGUUAGUCAAAACUGCUUCAUUCCAUUGUUAUAAGGUAUUUAUGGUAAAAUUUUGUUAUUAUCCAAUUUGUUACAUGUUUAAAUAGCUCUAAUUAGAGGAUGCUUUUUGAAGAAAUCUACUUAACAUAGUUUGUUUUAAUAAUGUAAAUUAAAACUCAUAUUUUUGCUAUUGGUAUUUUUUUUUAAAGAAACUUUUCUUAAAGUUUAAAGUCCUGUUAUAUACUUAUACCAAAUCAAAUACUUUUUUAUUAUUGUAGCCCUUUUUAGCUCACCUGUCACAAAGUGACAGGGUGAGCUUUUGUGAUCGCUUUUCGUCCGGCGUCCGUCCGUCGUCCGUCGUCCGUAAACUUUUACUUUAAAUGACAUCUCCUCAUAAACCACAAGGCCAAUUUCAUCCAAACUUCACAGGAAUGUUCCUUUGGUGGUCACCUUUAAAAAUUGUUCAAAGAAUUUAAUUCCAUGCAGAACUCUGGUUGCCAUGGCAACCGAAAGAAAAAACUUUAAAUAUCUUCUUUUAAAAAACCAUAAGAGCUAGAGCUUAAAUAUUUGGUAUAAAACAUC